UAACACUGAGCUUCGGCUUCGCCCCAAGCGGACAAUCUCCGCGACGAAGAGGCAAGCGUUCGCCCAGCCUUCGAAGAAAGGAACAGCCCGGGUCGCCCUCGGCCCCACGCAGCAAGCCUAGGCGGCAGAAAACGCGCGGCGACACAGACGCCCCCGACAAUGGAUGUAUUCCUCAUGGUGCGACGGAAAAAAACCACCGUCUUCCUCGACGCCAAGGAGACAACCUCGGUGCGCGAGCUCAAGAAGAUGAUCGCCGGAAUCACCAAGGUCGCGCCCGAGAACCAGGUGCUCUACAAAGACGACCAGUGUAUGGACGACAACAAGGUGCUCACCGAGUACGGCCUCAACAGCAGCACGGCCAAGGCCCAAGCGCCAGCCACUGUGGGGCUCGUUUUCCGAGACCCCGACACGGGCAAGUUCGAAUCGCUCGAAGUGACGCCGCUCUCGAGCCCGCCCGAGCUGCCGGACGUCAUGAAACCGCCCGAGUCGCAGACCCACGAACAAACGGUGGCCUGAGAAAACACAGCUGCGUUGAUCGCCGACCACUUAUUUGCCCCCCGCCACCACUCCGAACAGCGUUUUGCGGCGUUGUUGACCUGCGCUUGCCUCCCUCCUUCUUCUUGGACCCAGAAUGAGCUGCUCUUACGCCUUUUCAACUCUUCCUUUCUCGACCACGGUUGAACCUUUCCUCUCGGCCACCCAUUUCUUCCGUACACCACCGCCGAGUGCCUACAGCUUUGGGGACUCCGUUCUGCUUUUGCCUCCUUUGGUUCAUCGCUUCCCAUCUCGGCCGCAGCUACGACCAUACGUUCCGUGUGUUUUCUUGCAUUUCUCAGUGCCGGACUGUCAUCGAUUCGGAACCGAAAAAAAAGAAAAGAAAAACAGAUUUGGUGGGUGACUUCUACGAACUGCUGUGACGUGUGACGGUGUGAGAUAAAGUGCUUUAUUUAAUUUUUUAUUAUUUUCUUGCCCGUCUUCAAAGAAGCGAUUUGUCUGUUUUCAAGCCUCGGCUGUCACGUGGUUGCUGUUGCCAGCAGCCACCCGCGUUGUCUGGGAAUGACGCUGCUUGUUUAAAUCUCUUCGGAGACACGGCGGAGAAAAGAGGGUGAAAGGGUUUCUUUCUUUUCCUUUGUUUUGGCUUUUAUUUAUUUUUUUUUUUUCGUACUUGACCCGCGACCUCUUAACGGUAACACUGCAUGUUUAGUUGCUGCAUUGGUUGUGGCAAGCUCGCCUCCCUGCGCUAUUUGCUGUUCAUUCUCAGGUUGAUCGCAGGAGUUGCCCGCCCUGAAAAUAGUUUCACCAGCUCCGUUGAUUUAGGUGUGUGUUUCUCGGCCAUGACUUCACAAUUCUUACCUCCGCACCAACCGUCAGUUAAAAACACAGCCUUGGCACCGGAUGGCAGCACUCAUGUUUUGUUGUUCAUAUCAUAAGGUUUUCGCCACAUCGCCCGAUUUUUUUAUAAUUUUUUUUUUGUCACGAAUUGUGUGAAGCUGUCCGGUGUGUUACUAGUGGAGAAAUACACAACCUCCCUCUUCAGGGGCUUGCAUAAGAGCUAAAUAUAAACUAUUCUUGGCACGGCUCUUGCUGCAUUUUGGCGAGGCAAGAAGAGCAGCUUGUAGACUUUCACUUCUUGAAAGGCCCAUGUAAUGAGCAGGUUGACUAGAGUUUGCAAUAAUGGAGUUUCAUUUUUAUUCUUUCACCUCGCAUCUUGUACAGCAUAUUAGCAAACUGACUCGCCAAUACUUUUUUUUUUUUCUCGCAGCAAUUGCCGAUUUGUGGUGCAAAGAACACGCAGUAUAAGCCUCGACAGUUGACUUCACGAGCCGUUUUUGAAUUGAAAGAUAGAUAUGCAUUGUGAACCGUAAAUGUUGCAUCCUUCUUGACAGCACGACCACUCUCUGGUAUUUGAGAUUCUGCCCUUGUCUUCACCGACGCACAUUAUGACAGUGUUAAGAGGUCUGAUUGUGCCCUCAUUUAAAACUUCCUCCCGUAAUUUGUAACAAAGUUUAGCUUUUCACAUUAGCCUUAACCAUGCACUAAGCUGCGCAAAUUUGUGGCAACUACAGCGUUGUUGUGUGGAACGAUGCCAUGCAUGUCAACAUUGUGAUAGCUCUCGUGAAUGCUUUUCACUGGAGGCUUUUGGCUCGAUGUUGAGCUAGUUUCUCGACUGGCCUUUAAACACAUUGGUUAUGUUGGGACGGGGAUUCACAAUUAGUUGUUGGCAUGUGUAGCAACUAUGCUGCUCGUCGCAUUUCAUUUGUUUUAAACAGUUUAGCUAGGAGCUUUUUGUAACAACCAAGACAAUUGUGUGUGUGUAAUGCUAGAACGAAUGUGAUGACACAAUUGGGUGCAAUUUUCUUUGUUCUUCAAAGAAGAAAUUUGUUGCCAGCUAGUGGGAGUAGGUGAGAUAUUACUUUUGUUAUUAAUAUAAAGUCAAGUAUUUAAUAGCCUCGAGGCACAUGCAUUGUUCUGAAUGGUAAAAACCAAAAAAAAUUUUGUACUUAAGGAGAAUCCAUUGUGUAGCAGACCCAUUUGGCUCAUUAAAGCAGUUUGUUUUACGAUUGUG